GAGCGCGGGGAGGAGAGCCCCACAGGCCUUUGCUGGGCACCCGCGGUGGAUGGGAACGCUCCUUCGGGCCCCUUUCCGGGAAGUUGUUUGGCUGAGGGCAGGUGGUCUGUCACGUGAAUGUUUAAAAGUUGUUACCUUGGAGAAGAAAUUGGGGAAAGGAUUGGCUUUCGGAGGUGGGCUGGAAACUACAAAACCGAGCUUCCUGGGAAUGCCUUUUAGGCUGACAGGAAGUGGAGCGUCACCGAAAGGGAGGGGCGGCCACUCGGGGACUGUCCCCUGCUCCAGGCGCUCACUUUGCGGGCGGCGCUUUUUCCAGGUUGUUAAUCCAGCGAAUGGGGAAGGAUAGAUGCACGCUACUUGGUUUAGAAAAAAAACAAAAAUGAGCAAACGAGACGCCCCUUCCGUUUUAUGAUAACCAAGCUGCAAGGAAAUAACUCGGCUGGCCCUACUGCAAUCUACUGCACUCGAGAAACAUCACAGAAAAUUCUUUGAUUUACCUUAAUAGUGACAAGAGAGCCUGCUUCUAUCAAUUACUGAAGCCAUAAGGAGAUUUUUAAAAAAUUAAACUUUAACACAAUGAGAAGUGAUUUUGGAAAGUGAGUUAAUGGCUGAAAACCAAUAUUGGAUAAAAGAGAAAGGAUUCUAUAGAACAGAACAGGGAUCUGUUGCCUGACAAAACAGAGAUUCAAAUGAAAAUCUCCAGUAUCCUGGAAUGGUGUUGCCACAUCUGCAAACUUCCUGGGAGAGUAAUGGGGAUUCGAGUGCUUCGAUUCUCUUUGGUGGUCAUCCUCGUAUUAUUACUGGUAGCUGGUGCUUUGACUGCCUUACUUCCCAGUGUCAAAGAAGACAAGAUGCUCAUGUUGCGUAGGGAAAUAAAAUCCCAGGGCAAGUCCACCAUGGACUCCUUUACUCUCAUAAUGCAGACGUACAACAGAACAGAUCUCUUAUUGAAACUUUUAAAUCAUUAUCAGGCUGUACCAAAUCUGCACAAAGUGAUUGUGGUAUGGAACAAUAUUGGAGAGAAGGCACCAGAUGAAUUAUGGAAUUCUCUAGGGCCCCACCCUAUCCCUGUGAUCUUCAAACAACAGACAGCAAACAGGAUGAGAAAUCGACUCCAGGUCUUUCCUGAACUGGAAACCAAUGCAGUGUUGAUGGUAGAUGAUGACACACUCAUCAGCACCCCAGACCUUGUUUUUGCUUUCUCAGUUUGGCAGCAAUUUCCUGAUCAAAUUGUAGGAUUUGUUCCUAGAAAGCACGUCUCUACUUCAUCAGGUAUCUACAGUUAUGGAAGUUUUGAAAUGCAAGCACCGGGGUCUGGAAAUGGUGACCAGUACUCUAUGGUGCUGAUUGGAGCCUCAUUCUUCAAUAGCAAAUAUCUUGAAUUAUUUCAGAGGCAACCUGCAGCUGUCCAUGCUUUGAUAGAUGAUACUCAAAAUUGUGAUGAUAUUGCCAUGAAUUUUAUCAUUGCCAAGCAUAUUGGCAAGACUUCAGGGAUAUUUGUGAAGCCUGUAAACAUGGACAAUUUGGAAAAAGAAACCAACAGUGGCUAUUCUGGAAUGUGGCAUCGAGCUGAGCAUGCUCUGCAGAGGUCUUAUUGUAUAAAUAAGCUUGUUAAUAUCUAUGAUAGCAUGCCCUUAAAAUACUCCAACAUUAUGAUUUCCCAGUUUGGUUUUCCUUAUGCCAACUACAAAAGAAAAAUAUAAAAGUAAAACAAACAAAAACAAACCUGAAAACUGCUUGGCAUUUAAGUAGCUUCUCCAUGCUAUGUAUUUUUUUAAGCAACAUCAUGAACUUUUAUCUACUCCAGAAGUCUCUACAAUAGAAAAAAAAGUGCAGUGCUUCUAGGAUAUAAAAUUCACAUUACUUUUGAAAGCCAAGAAGUUGGUCUUAUCCAGUUAGGUCUUCUUAUGAAGAGUUUUCAUCCAGGGAUAUAACUCCUUGGUCAGUGAUUUCAUUGUUUACAUCCUGAGACUGUUCUACAGUUUCUUUGACUCCUGGCAUUUGCCUUAAGGACCUAUAGCAAGCUGUUUCUAGGAUCAGAACCUCAAGAGAGGCAUUUCUCUGCUUUUUCACUAAAGGUCAAUUGUUUUAAUUUGAAGCCUGAAAUGCCUCUUUAGCAAAAGCCUGUGGUAUGGGGUAAAGCCAUGUAAGAAGAGAGUAGUCUCAGUCACAUAUGAAGAGGAAAAUUUGCAGCUGCCAGUGCUUUCCUUGUGGCCCUGCCAACCAGCUCUUCCAGGACGAACUCAGUCCAGCAUGGUUUUGAUGUAACCAUCCGUGCUUUUAUUUUUGUUAAGUCUUUUAUGACUGGGACAGUUAAUUUUAGUAGCUGAAGAACGUCUAGUUGUUUGCUUGAUUUUUGUGAACAUUUACUGCAUGGAUCACAAAACAAUAUACCCUGUAUUUCUUAUAUGCAACUUAUAUGCAGCAAAGAGUAAAUGUGUUACUAGAUUCGGGUAGUGCAUUUUGUCACUGAAUCUGACCUUGAGAAUGUACAUUCUUAUAUUUUACGUAAUGUAUGUGUUGUUUAAGAAAUGUGUAAAAAACCUGAAAAAAAUGAGUAAGAACUGGCAGAAGUUAAAACCCUUUGUAUCAAAAGAUCUUUAUUGGUAGAGCACUGGUUAUCUUCUGGAUACUAAAAAGUUAUAUUACAAAGCCAAACACUUGCAUUCACAACUUUAAAAAAAGAAGAUCCAAGGUACUAUUCAUAAUGAUGAAAUUUCAACUACAUACAAAGAGGAGAAAAUAAGAACCCAGUCAUAACAGAGGAAUUCUAUAGGAGUCUGCAUCAAUUCAUUGUUAAGGUUGCCUACUCUCUGUUAUGGGAAUUAGCAUCUGUGUUCCACCUGUUGUCUGUGUUUAGUACUUGUUCAACGCUAGGGCUAGGAAUUCUUAACUAGGCCUCUGUUUACCACCUUCUCUUUCCCCUCCGUUCCCUCUUCUUCCUCCUUCUCCUCUUUCUUCUUAUAUAAUGCUAGUAUAUUCUCAAAAUUGCAAAGCUGUGAGAAUAUUAAAAUAAUCAUGGCUAAUGUUCCAAUAAUGAGGUCUUUGUGCAUUUAGUUCCGCAUAUGAUGGUUUUUUUUACAUUAAAUAGUGUAUGUGUCUUAAUGCAGUCAGAUUGUAAAAAACAAAAACAAAGAAACUAAGAACCUUAUUAAAAAUCGAUAGUGUCAGUUAUCUGUUUUGUCCAAUAUUGGUAGUACUUUUUUGCCUCUUAUGAUUCCUCUAGCAGAUAAAUAAAAUAAACUUUUGCCA